AUGGCAAGAAUCUGUGAAGUUACAGAUACAAAUGAAUUAGAUUACAUUCCUCGUUCCAAUGACUCAAAAUUUGGUUUGGAAGUAUUCGAAAGAAACAUUACACAUAACUUCAACCCUGAAGAAAUGUUCAUUCCGAACAAAGCAAUGCAGUACAUUGCAUCAGAGAAAGGCAGUGGAAUAUCAAUGCCUGGAUUGAUCAGAUUUAUAAUAACUGAUGGCCAAGACCAGAGAUUUAGACUCGAAAAAAGUGCUGGUUACGUACCAAGUUAUUCCUUGUUUUUCGUUAUUGAUUGCGCAGAAUCAUCAUCCGGAAUGCUAUCAAUUAAAUCAACUGUACUAACUGUCUUCUCCACAAUGAUAGCAUUCAAAGAAUGCAACUCUCCAAUCACAGUAAUUUUGGCUACAUCAACUGGUCCUGUUGCAGUUUGCAUCAACAAGAAGAAAGAAGAUAUUUUCGUUGAAAAUUCUCCAGUUUUCACCGAAAUAUACAGACUUUUAACAACACAGGGCAGGCAAACACAGACUGCAUUCAGAUUCUCUCAGGCAUUGACAGCUGCAUACAACAUCAGAUGCAGACAACAAGAGCAAGAAUCAAUUCUGAUUGCAAUCACAAGCGCUCAUUUCUAUCAGACAGAAAUGGAAGCAGUUGGAACAUGCAUUUCUACUUUACAGUCAUUGAAGACAUCAACAAUAGGUGUUGGAGUAGGAAUUUGUCCGAAGAAUAUCUCGAAAGUUUUCAGUAAAUCUGUUUGGUCAGAUAAUCCUCUGAAAAUCUCAGAAUGCUUCAACAAAUUGUCGAAAUUAGAUACAAGCGAAGCAAUAACAGAAGGAAAAAUUACUUUCCCAGUUUUACCAGAAAAAGUUUCACUUCAAGAACUCGAUGCACAAUUGCAUAAUAAAGAUAACAGAGUCUUCACAAAUCUCACUGAUAGAUUGGAAAAGAUCCAAAUGUUCGAUGCAGCCAUUGGUUACUUCAUAAACGAGAAAGCAGAACUUGUUAACGUUGCUGCUACACAACAAGGUGCAAACAACAAAAAGUAUAAAGGAGAUCUCCCAGAUGAAGAUCUCGGCAGGAAUGCAAAAUGGCCAUACAAAAUUCUCAUUUGCCAACUCUACGAUGCAACAGUAAACCAAGACGGUGCACAAAAUGAACAAGAACCAAAUCCUCCACCUCAAUCUGCUCCAGAUCAAAUAUAUCUACCUCAAAAUAGAGGCGCUCCUCCACCAUUAAUCAGAGCUCCUCCACCAUUAAUCAGAACUCCUAAAGGAAAACAAACUCCACCUAAAGGAAAACAAACUUCACUAAAGGAAAACAAACUUCAACUAAAGGAAAACCAGCCCCACCUAAAGGAAAUCAAUUUAUAG